AUGAUAGAAUUAUUUCUUACUACUAAUAAAAAGAAGAGGAAAAAGAAGUUUGUUAUUUUAUUUCUCUAUAUUAUUUUAAGUUCCGUUAUACAAAUUUGCCUGACAUAUAGGUUAGGAAGAAAAAACAUGUUACACUAUUUAAUAAAUUACAUAGAUAAGAACGAUUUGUUAUUAUAUAAUAUAAAUAGAAAAAAGAAAAGAGGGAAAAAUGAAUACUUUAUAAAUGUCCCAAAAAGAAAUUUACAAAAAUUAUGGAAGGGGAGAAAUAAAAAUUUGUCACUACAUAAUAAUAAUAUGAAUUCUGGAGAAUUAGCUGAUGUUAAAAAUGAAAAGAAAAAAAUGAUAAAUAUAAUAAAAGAGUGUGUUGAUAACUUGUUAUUUAUAAAUCGUUACUUAGUUGAAGAGAUGUUAGAAGAUGAUAAUAAAAAAUAUGAACAAGAAAAUAGAGAAAAUAAUAAUAAUAAUAAUAAUGUAGAAAAGGAUAUACAAGUAGAUGUAACAAAUAACCUUUUGUCAAAGGAUAAUUAUUUUAUAGAUAAAAAAAAAAAAAAUAUAAUUAAUAGUUAUAUUGAAGAAAUGGAUAAAUUUCUAGAAACAUAUGAUUUUAAUGAAAACAAGGAAGAAAUAUUAAAUUAUGAAAAAUAUAUAUCAAAUGUUAUUGUUUAUAAUACAGUUAUAAUAAAUAAUAAUCAUGUGAAUCAAAAGAAUUAUAUGGAUAGGGUUAUUUUUAAUUAUAUUAAUUUGGUUCUCUUAAGUAAGGCCGGUACGAUGGAAGACAGAGGUGGUAAUACAUGCCAUGUGGAAAAUAUACAUGAUGAAGAAAAUAUUUGUGAUAAAAAUAAUAUUUGUGAUAAAGAUAAUAUUUGUGAUAAAGAAAAUAUUUGUGAUAAAGAAAAUAUUUGCGAUAAAGAAAAUAUUUGCGAUAAUAUUUGUGAUAAUAUUUACGAUAAUAUUUGCGAUAAUAUUUACCAUAAGGAAGAUAUAAUAACGUCUAAAUGUUCAAAUAACAUAUAUAAUAUAGAACAUAUUUGUAAAAAAUUGGUAAUGAUAAAAAAGGCUGUGAUAUAUUUGAUGAAAAAAUAUAAUAUAAAAAUAGAAGAGUUAUAUAUAGAACCAAAAACGCAUGAUAUAAAAAUAAAAAGAAAUAUUUAUGAAGAUAAUGUAGAAAAGAAAAGUGAUUGGAAGUUAAUUUUUUUAGGUACUGGAUCGAUGUACCCAUCAACUAGUCGAGGGACAUCAUCAUUCAUUUUUCAAACAAUAAAAAAAAAAUGUAAUGAGGCUUUCUUGUUUGAUUGUGGAGAAAAUACAUUUAUAGCAUUGCAAAAAGCUAAUAUAAAAGUUAGUAAAAUAAAAAAUAUUUUUAUUACUCAUUUACAUGGUGAUCAUUGUUUAGGAUUAAUUUCUGUAUUAACCAUGCUGAGGAAUAUGAAUACAAUAAAUAUAUAUGGUCCAGAAGGAUUAUAUAGAUUUUUAAAAAAUAAUUUUAAUUGUACAUAUUCUAAGAGGAUUGCUAAAUUUUGUGUAUACGAAUUGAAAGAUGGAAACGUCACAAAUGGGUCCAACCAAAAAAUUGUAAAUAAUACUAACAGCUGUUAUAAUUUUAAUAAUAAUAAUAAUAAUAAUAAUAAUAAAAAUAAAAGAAAUAUAGAAUACGUAUAUAAAAAUGAACAGAAUUAUUAUCCUAUAUUAAAAAAUGAUUAUAUUGAAAUAAAUGCUUUCCCUAUUAAACACACAGUACCAACUGUAGGAUAUAUAAUAAAAGAAAUAAAUGUAGAAAAUAAAUUUAAUGCAAAUUAUAUUGAUUCUCUUAUAAAAAAAAAUUAUGACGAACUAAAAAAAUGUGAAAAUUUAGAUUAUGUACCUUAUAAGAUAUAUGAAAAUAUUAUAAGGAAAAUGAAUUAUAAUGAUGUAAUAAUUUUCCCAGAUCAAACAAAACUUACUUUUCAUAAAGCAUAUAAAGAAAUUUAUAAAGAAAGAAAAAUAGUAGUAUGUCAAGAUACAUACGAUGCAUCAAAUUUAGAAGAGCAUGCAAAGGACGCUGAUGUUUUAAUACACGAAUCUACUAAUAGUCUUGUCGAUUUAACACAUGACCUACAAGCUGGGAAUGGAUUGUAUGAAGAUAUACCUAGCAUGGUUAUGUUCUCAAAAAAUAGGAAUCAUAAUGUGCAAGUUUUAAAUAAAAAAAGUGAUACACGUGGUGAAAAUGGAGCGAUCAGCGGAAAUAUGAACGAACAUACAUGUGGUGGUGAGAAGGGAAAUAUAGAUGGUGGUGAGAAGGGAAAUAUAGAUGGUGGUGAGAAGGAAAAUAUAGGUGGUGGUGAGAAGGGAAAUAUAGAUGGUGGUGAGAAGGAAAAUAUAGGUGGUGGUGAGAAGGAAAAUAUAGGUGAUGGUGAGAAGGAAAAUAUAGGUGGUGGUGAGAAGGAAAAUAUAGGUGAUGGUGAGAAGGAAAAUAUAGGUGGUGAUGAGAAGGAACAUGUAGGUGGUGAUGAGAAAGAACAUACAUGUGGUGAUAACCAGGCAUCCCCAUGUGACCACAGGAAUCAUUGUGAUGGUGAAGAGGCACAUGAAAACACAACAUAUAAAAGCGACAAAUCAAAUUGCCUUUUUGAAAAAAAUACAAAUAAUGAUGAGCUCAUGAAAAGCUAUAACAAAAUAAUUUCAGAACGAGGACAUUCCACAGCUAAUAUGGCUGGAGAUUUUGCAAGAAAAAUUAAUGCGAGAAAAUUAAUUUUAACUCAUUUUUCACAAAGAUAUAUUGGAGACAACAAGUUAAAAAAUGUCCUUGUUAUGAAAAAGAUAGAAAAAGAAGCAAUGGUUUCUUUUUUAUCUGUUGAUCCAAAAAAACAGACAAAUGAUAUAAAUAGAGAUGAUUACACAAAUAAUAAUAACAGUAUAAAUAACCAUCAUCAAAAUAUUGAUACUAAUGACCUACAUAAUGGAAAUGGAAAACAUGAAAUUACAAUUAAUAAAUAUAUUAAUGUAAAUAAAAGUAAUAAUGAAAUAUUUAAAAACAAAAAAGAUAAAUAUUCUUAUGAUAAAGAAGUAAUUGCUGCAUAUGAUGGCCUAAUAGUACAUAUCCCACCACAACGAAAACAUUAA